AUGGGCCCGGGCGCGUGGCUGCGCUGCCUGGCGCUGGGCUGCUGCUGCUGCUGCCUGGCCGGGCGGUGGGGCGGCGGCCCGGCGGUGGCGGCGGCGCUGGGCGGCGGCGAGUACUGCCACGGCUGGCUGGACGCGCGCGGCGCCUACUCGGCCGGCUUCGCCUGCCCCGAGCGCUUCGACGCGCCCGACGCCGCCAUCUGCUGCGGCUCGUGCGCCCUGCGCUACUGCUGCGCCGACGCCGGCGCGAGACUCGAGCAGGGCGGCUGCACCAACGACCCGGCGCAAGCGGAGCAGCCGGCCGGGAGCGCCCGUGAGUGUCGGCCGGGAGCCGCCGGGCGGGGAAGGAGGGAGGGAGGGAGGAGUGGGGUUGGGUUGCGGGGGAAAGAAGCGGGUCCCCGGUGGCGUGGAAACGCGGACUCGGAGUUGGAAGGGGCGCAUCUAGUCCACCCCCGUGCAAUUCAGGACUGAAUGCAGAGUUGGAAAGGAUCCUGAGAGUCAUCAUUUUAAUGUUGUGUUUUAAUCUUGUUUUUCAGUUGUAUUUCAACUAAUUGUUUUCUUCCUGGUGUUAGCUGCCCUGAGCCCGGUCCUGGCUGGGGAGGGCGGGGUAUAAAUAAAAUAUUAUAAUCAGCAUCAGCAUCCUCGUCAUCAUCAUCUAGUCCACCCCGUGCAAUGCAGGAAGAAAUGCAGGCUUGGAAGGGAUCCCAAGAGUCAUCAUUUUAAUGUUGUAUUUUAAUCUUGUUUUUCAGUUGUAUUUCAAUUAAUUGUUUUAUACCUGGUGUUAGCCGCCCUGAGCCCGGUCUUGGCUGGGGAGGGCGGGGUAUAAAUAAAAUUUAAUAAUAAGAAUAAGAAUAAGAAUCAUCAUCAUCUAGUCCACCUCCAUGCAAUGCAGAACUAAAGGCAGGGUUGGAAGGGAUCCUGAGAGUCAUCUAGUCGAACCCUCUGUGAUGGCAGGAAUCAAUGUGAUCUGUUAGGAUCGCAGAGUUGGAAGGGACCCCCGAGGGUUUUCUAGUCCAGCCCUCUGCAAUGCAAGAAUUUCAACCAGAUCAUCCAUGACAGGUGGCCGUCCAACCUCGGCUUAAAAACCUUCAAGGAAGGAGAGCCCAUCAUCUCCCAAGAUUUGAGGCCGUUCUCCUGUCAAACGGCUCAUACAGUCCAAAAGUUACUAUUAAUGUUUAGUCGGAAUCUCUUUUCUUGUAAAUUGAAGUCGUUGGUUAGUAGCAUCCAAAGCAGGAGAAAACAUGGGGCAGCCGUUUAGAUAUUGGAAGAUGGCUGUCGUAUCUCCUCACAGUCCAACCCUCCUGCCCUGGCGCCUAUGGAUCCCACUACAAACCGCCUGUUUCGAUUUUGCCCUUCAGGCUGUGUGGAACCACAAGCACCUUCAGGGAGAGCAGGCAGCUUAUGUGUGUAUUUCCUUGGGCAUAAAUUUCUGCGGAACUUAGUGCGAAGAAAGUGGGCGCAGGUUGGCAGUCUUAAAUAUUCCUCCUGUAUGGGUCCCCACCACAUGCCUUGAUGAAAGGAAAAUUGCUGGGCUAAAUUUAUUUUUCACGCCAAGCCCUGAGAGUGGCUGCUCAGAAGUCCCAGGACUUUAUUCCCAAGAGAGUUUGGGUAGCGUUGAAAUCCGCCUGUCUUUCCGGAACGCAUUCUAGCAGUUGUUGCAGGGUUACCUUUAAUCUUAAGAAAACCCUGAUGCCUUUUUCUAGCAAAAAGCUCACUGUGGUGUUUUAGAAAGCCGCUACAUUGCAUAGUCCUUGGCACUUAGCUAUUCUUUCUUUAACAAAAUUUUAGGACUGUUUAAUUAGCUGAAUUCAUUGUAAAAGUUUUUUAUUUUUUAAAGUGGGGGUGUCUUUAAGUCUGUCUAGAAGUGAAGGGCAUUUGCUACCUAUCCUAGGAGGUCAGGAUCUGCCCCAAAUCAGAUGUGGGGUCAUGUGUGGCACUGCUAUUUUCACCAGUUAUUAAGGGACAAAGGCUGCAAUUCUGUGUGCAUUUACCGAGGAGUAUGCCCCAUUGGACACAGUGGGACUUCUGAGUAAACUUGCACACGAUUGCGCUCAAAAUGUUAUUCACCAGCCAAGCAGGUGGGCUUGGUAAAUCCUCAAAAAUAUAAAGUCUGACAAGCAUUUCCCCCCUUUCUAUUUCAUGCUUUUAAUCCGCUGAGAGAGGAUCAGAGUCGCAGAUAAAUAGCAGAGCUCAUGGGCGAUGCCUGGGAGAACUUUACUGACUCCCUAGACUUUUAAAAAGGGGUAGAAAGCAGCCCUUUCAUGGGACACAAACAUAUUACAGAGAGAUCACUACCUUUCUGCUCAGGUACGUAGUAUGGACUUACUACUUUCAAAGCUGCUAUCUUGGGCAGUCAGUACUUGGAUUAGAAAACCUUCAACCCAUCAUAAACUUUGCUGCUGUCCAGUCCAGGAAAGCAACUUCAAUAAAAUAAAACAGAAUCCCUUUAAAGCCCACCCCAAAUAUACUGCAGUAAAAGAAGAUGCAAUACAAUAUUAUUGCAACUUUUAUCUUUCCUUUUUGUUUUCCUAGAUCUUCAGAAUUGGAUCACUGGUUAAAUAGGAAAAUAUUCAGGUCACGUUGUGAAUGUCAGUUGCUGGAAACCACAGGAGGGAAGAGGGUCUUGUGUCUGAAUACUACUAGCUGGUUUCCCACAGGCAACUGUGAGAACAGGAUGCUGGACUAGGUGGCCCAUUGGCCUGAUCCUGCAGGCUCUCCUUAUGUUCUUCCUAUUGUAAAUGUCCCCCAAAGCACAUUGUUGAUGUUUUGUAGGAAAAAACCCAAUUGCCCCACCUAGUUUGAAAAGAAACUCCCAAGCACAAAACAAAAACAAAAUAUAGAACAGUCCCCACUGAAAUCACAAAGAUUGACAUCAGAUCUAAGCCCCCAUAACAAAUAACUGUGCACAAGGCUGUAACCUUAACAUUCAAAAGAGCAGAAUUGGUCUACUAUCCUUUUCAGAGUCAGGAUCCCUGUCGAGUCAGUGCACCCGCUGCCCCGUUUUCUGCAUCUUGUAAAAAAAUUGAAGAAGUUUGCAAAUACAGCCAGCAAAUUAUUUGCAGCCAAAUUUGGGGCAACUUUCCUCCGACUUCCUAUGAAUUCGUUGGGACUUAUUCCCAAGUUAAAGUGUGCCUAGGUUUGCAGCUCCAUUCACCAGUCCCACAGCAAUGGUCAGGCCUGCAGAUUUAACUUUGCAACAAAAUCUUUAUUUCAGUGUCUUCAUAAAAAGGCAUUCUAGAGCUCUGGAGCUGUAGUGUUUUGGUUUAAGACAUUUCUACUUUUGGAAUUUACACGUUCAUUUCAUAUAAAGGAGGGAGAAAUUGCUGGAAACCAAAAGCACUUCCUUCACCCUUGAAAAUAAGAGAAUUAUCCCGGGUUCUCUAGUGCAGUACUUUUCUUAGGACCAUCUAAAAAUAAUAACCACGAGCGGUGAGAUAGCCUUAUGAAUUUCACAGAAGUUUUUCUCAGAGUUAAACAGAAAGGAGAAGAAAUGGGGAGCAAAGAAAAAGGAAGCAUUUUGUAGCAAAGACGGCUCAGAUAUGCCAAGUGGAAAAAAUAUUGUUGGAAAUAGUUACUCUUCUAACAACAAACAACUUUCAAGUAAGGAAAGUUCCCUGAAUGGAAAUACAGGGUUAGAGUGGCUUGAACUAACUGGGGAAUUCUAGUAGAGGGUGGAGUCAUUGAUCGCAAACUUUUUUUUUUUAACUUGUCCAGUGAGAUUUUUGUUCCAUGUGUAGAAAGUGGAGGCUGACCAGAAAAAAAUAUGGAUUGGUGCAGGAAUUGGUUGAGAUCUGACUAAGAAGAAUUUAGAUGCUUGCAGUUAUAAUUUUAGCUGGGGUUGGAUCCAGACUCAGUUUGUUGAAUGUAGGCAUCAUCAAAAUCAAUCGGACAAGCUCAUCUUAGCUUAAAUUAUGUCCCAUUGAUUUGAUUGGAAACGAAGUGGAACUAAUUUAGUCUGGCUCCAACCCAUUAGUGAGUGACCCAGAGAAUUAGUGUCAGGUAUGCUAUUAAGACUGAUUAUUGUGCCAUCAUCUUUGUGAAGCCCUUUGUCCGAAAACGGAAGAAUAUAAAGCAAUGAUUUUCUAAUGCACAAAGCCUGGCUAUAUUCUGUUCAUAAUUUACUUUUCCUGUCUCGCUCAGAACCAGUCUAUGUGCCAUUCCUGAUCGUCGGAUCAAUAUUCCUCGCCUUCCUUUUCGUGGGCUCCUUUGUCGCCGUUUAUUGCUGCACUUGUUUAAGGCCGAAGCAAACGCUGCCACAGCCGAUCCGGUUUUCUCUCCGAAGCUACCAGAUGGAGACUUUGCCAAUGAUCUUGACCUCCACUAGCUUAAGGACUCCAUCGAGACAAUCUAGCUCUGCCGCCAGCUCAAGUUGCACGGCCGGCUCUCUCGGCAAGUUUUCAUUUGCCAGGCCAGAGUCUAGCUGUACAGCGGCACCUUCACCUCCACCUUACACGCCAGGCUGCUUGCAAAUGGGCCACUCCGUCAGCCUCUCUCAGCCCUCUGGGUUUUUGGUGUCGGGACCAUAUUUCUCCUAUCCUCUGGACUCCGAGCCGUCUCUAACUGGGAAGAGCGUCCCGGAAACUUAGCCAGAGCUGAGCGAAGCGUUCGAAACAGCGCUUACGCUAAGAAGCACAAUGGACUCCUGUGUUACGUGGUUUUCAUUGUGGUGUUCUCUGCUUACGGAACUGAAAAUAACGUGAAUGGGUGAGUUACCCUUUAGAAAAAGUGUCAAUUAUUGCAGGAAUUUUCGUUUGGUACUAGGACUUGCCGAUCAGAAGGUCGGCGGUUUGAAUCCCUGUGACGGGGUGAGCUUCCGUUGUUCAGUCCCUGCUCCUGCCAACCUAGCAGUUCAAAAGCACAUCAAAGUACAAGUAGAUAAAUAGGUACCGCUCAGGUGGGAAGGUAAACGGCGUUUCCAUGCGCUGCUCUGGUUUGCCGGAGCAGCUUAGUCAUGCUGGCCACAUGACCUGGAAGCUGUACCUGGCCAGUAAAGCGAGAUGAGCGCCUCAACCCCAGAGUCGGUCACGACUGGACAUAAUGGUCCCUUUACUUUACCUUUGGACUUGUUGGAAUAAAAUGCACAUUCCCAACUGAUGUCAAUUUGGAGCAUAUCUGCAUUCAGAAAGUGUCACCUGACCAAUGUGUGUCAUUGUGUGAGUAAAGCUGCACAUUCCUGCCUUGCAGGGGGGUGGAUUAGAUGAUCCUCAGGAUCCCUUCCAACUCUACAAUUCUAUGAUUUUUGUGAUCUAAUAUGAGCAGAGUUCUGGCGGAUACAAGGAAAACAAGACAUUAAACAACCACAUUGUUUGGAUAAUUUAUUUAGGCAAUAGGUAGCAUUAGUGAUGGUUUCAGUGUGAACAUAUCAGCUCCAGAUAGUGGGAUAUCUGACUGGAUCGUGCCCUGCAUUUUGUGUGUGUUUUAAAUAUAGGCUUACCUUAAAAAAAUUCACCAGAAUUAGUUUCACUUAUUAUAAAGGGAAUAGAUUUAUUCAUAGAUAUUGGAAGAUCAUGUCACUAAAAGAACAAUAAUAAAAUGAAAGAAAAUUAAUGAUUAUAAGCCCCAUUUUUUAUUUUAUUUUUAAAAAAGGGUAUCUUAACACUGAAUUAAAGACACUAACCAAUGCCAACAUUUGUAGGGCCAGGAAAAAAGUGAUGCACUGUUUUGAAUGUGUGAUAGCAUAGACCGUUGUGCUAGGACAGUUUCACAUGUGAUGAGAUUGCUGGGUAUUUCACUAAUAUGCAAGCUUUAACUAAGAGUUUGUACAAAAUUUCUCACAGUCAGGAGAAUAAGUUGUAAUAACAUCUAAAAGCUAUACAGUAAUUUCACAAAUGUGCAGCGUAUAAAACAUUAAAAUGCUGAAGUAGCCUUGCCUAUUUAUUGAGUUUUUGUCCUGUGACUUAGAAGACAAAGCUGGGUAAAUAAAAGUUUUAUUUUGUAAAAUCCGCACUAUCUAAAAUAAUGUUUAAGAACUGUAACUUAAAAUGUAUUGACAAGCUUGACAAUGUUUUGUAGUCACAGGUUUUCUCCCAAUAAAACGCUCCACGGCUG